AUGUCAGCUGAAUUCCCCACUCUCAGCUCCCUUGAGCAGUUUCUCGAGCAGGACUUCGAUUUUGUGGUCGUUGGUGGUGGGACAGCAGGUCUCACUGUCGCCGCGAGAUUAUCUGAGAACCCUGAUGUGCAAAUUGGGGUUCUGGAAGCGGGACAGGAUCAUUUUGGAGAUCCGUUGGUAUUGAUGCCUGCGGCGUAUCCGAAGAUGAUUGGGGAUGGGAGGUAUGAUUGGAAGUUUAGGACGGUUCCGCAGGUAUGUAGAUAUUCCAAUUUCAGAUUUGUUCAAAGAAAGAAGUGGAAAGAAGGGGAUCUUGUUUGGUUCAGAUGCUUACUUUGAUUUUUGGUGAAAAGGUAUAUUCUCAUGGAAAGAGCAUUGAGUGGUCCCGUGGAAAAGGUCUGGGCGGAUCGAGUGCUAUUAAUUACCAGAUGUAUAAUCGUGGUCAGGCACUAGAUUACGAUGAUUGGGCCAAACUUGGAAAUCCAGGGUGGAAUUUUGAGAGAUUAUUGCCGUACUUUAAAAAAGCUGAGAAGUUCAUUUCUCCUCCUUAUUCAACUGAAUCUAAUAUCCCACUGGAAACUCAGCAUGACGGACAAUUCCAUGGAAGUGAGGGCCCGAUACGUACCUCUUUCUCCACAUGGCGUUGUCCCAUUGAGAAGGAAUGGGUAGCUGCGUCCUCUACGGCUGGGGAGAAUAUCGGACUUCCCCUCGAUGCGUGGAGUGGGAAUCAUCUGGGGACGUUCCAUGGAUUGAGUAACAUUGAUCGAUCACCUGGACCUGCGAGUGCAACGAGGAGUUAUGCUGUCUCGGGGUAUCUCCUCCCCAAUGCCUCACGCCCAAAUCUUCACAUCUUGACCAACGCCUUGGUCACCAAGCUCGUCCUCGCUACGGACUCGAGCUCAGUCACAGGCGUCUCAUUCCGCCAUUCAAACCAAGAAUACACCGUAAGUGUGAAGAAAGAAAUCAUUCUCGCAGCAGGCGUCAUCAAGUCCCCUCAAAUCCUCGAGCUAUCAGGAAUAGGAGAUCCAGAGAUCCUUAAGAAGGCAGGGGUACAAUGUCUCAUACCCAAUCCCCGCGUGGGAGAGAAUCUUCAGGAUCACCCUGUGACGGGGCUUUCGUAUGAAGUUGUAGAUGGGGAGUAUACCCUCGACCUCCUACAAGAUCCACAGGAGAGUGAGAAAGCGAUGAUGGAGUACAUGAGCACACGCACGGGACCGAUGUCCAGCGGGGGGUCGACACAUUGUUUUGCGAGUUUUGCUGCGCUUGCUACACCCGAGGAAAUUGAGGAACUUCAAAAUGUAAUCCUCAAUCCACCUUCAGGAGUCAAAGAAUACCGGAACAAGCGAGGAAAUUGCUAGCCGAGGGACUCUGGAAGAAAAACGACGCGAGUAUACAACUCGUCUUCCUCCCCGUCACUUUGAACGUCGAAGGUCUCGAUGAGCAAACUGCCUUCUUCACGCCACCGGAGGACAUGAAGGGAAAACAGGGGUUCACGGUAGGCGCUGCUAUUUGUCGACCGCUAUCCGUUGGUUCUUGUCAUAUUCGUACCGCCAACCCAUUUGACGACCCGUACAUCGAUCCGGGGUAUCACUCCCAUCCCGUGGACGCUAUCAUUUUGUCGAAAGCAGUGUCUCUCAUUGAGAGAAUCUGUGCCACUCAGCCGUUAAGGGAGAAAGUCAAAAACAGGAGUUUCCCAGGAAAAGAGGUUGAGCUGGGGAGUGAGCAGGUGAGAAGGGAUUUUGUGAGGAAGUAUACGGGGACGGAGUAUCAUCCCAUUGGGACCUUGUGUAUGGGUACAGAAGGGGGGGGGAGGGGGGUGGUAGAUGAGAGACUCAGGUUGAGAGGGAUUAGAGGGGUGAGGGUUGUUGAUGCUAGUGUUUUCCCGCUUCAUGUUGGGGGGAAUAUUGUGGGGAGUGUUUAUGCGGUUGCGGAAAAGGCGGCAGGUCUUUUGAAGGAGGAGUGGGGUAUGUGA